CCUGCCUCCAGCUCAUGUCGCUCGCCUGUUAGUUUCAGGAGAUAGCAGCCAGCCUUGGGUUUAAAAAUCAGGCGUUGAAAAUUUAUGAGGAUUGGGAGAACACAACCAAGACUCUUUGGAAAUUACAGGGAGAGAAACCCUCCGCCAAAGCCGUUUCCCACUCCCCUGCUUCCAGAGUCCUAGAAGAUCGGAAAGUGUUUGAACCGCUUCAGCAGAGGAGCUGCCAUUAGCGUGUGGCAGCAAGAACAUACUUUCAUAGGUCCACGUGUUUGAGCAAAGCAUCUGUCAGAACAGUGUGGAAGAGCCAUUCCUAUGAAAAAUGACUCCCCUCUCUGGUGACUGGGCUCCAGCUUAAUCCUGUCCAAUUAUAACACAAGGCUGAUAAGGUCCUUUGUUCGGAGCUCAUGUUUUUCCUUUCCCACCAACUGAAGUUACAUUCAAGAGGGACAAAGCUGAUUGAAGUUUUCAAGCUGUUCUAUGAGCUAGCACCAUGCAGGUUCUCUUAAAAUGCUUCUGGAGUCUGCGGUCACCUUGCCUAUUCCAAGCCAAGAGACACUUCACCUCUCCCCUGGUCUCAUACUAUGAAGCUAUAAAUCUGUGUGAAAAGGAAGUGCCUGAAUAUUUCAACUUUGCAAGCGAUGUCCUGGACAAGUGGUCGCAAAUGGAAACGGAUGGAGAGAAGCCUCAGAAUGCAGCCUUCUGGUGGGUCAGUGAUCAGAAGGAAGAGGUGAAGUGGAGCUUUAAAGAGUUGGGAGUCUUAUCCAGAAAAGCUGCCAAUCUGCUGAGCGGCCCAUGUGGCUUACAAAGAGGAGACAGAAUCAUCACAGUAUUACCUCGGAUUCCAGAGUGGUGGUUGCUGAACGUGGCUUGUAUCCGGACAGGCAUCGUUUUGAUUCCAGGGACAUCCCAACUGACUGCUAAAGACCUUUUAUACAGACUCCAAGCUUCUAAAGCCAAAUGUGUUGUGGUUACCGACUCGCUGGCUCCUGAGGUGGACUCUAUCGUGUCCGAAUGCAACUUUCUGAAAAACAAACUUCUUGUGUCCGAAGGCAGAAGAGAGGGAUGGCUGAACUUUAAGGACCUAUUCCAAGCGGCACCCGAUGAGCACAAUUGUGUUAAAACCAAGAGCAGCGAACCCAUGGUCAUCUACUUCACAAGCGGAAGCACAGGGGCUCCGAAAAUGGUUGAGCAUUCACACUGCAGUUACGGCAUCGGCUUUACGGUCAGCGGCAGAUACUUGAUGAACCUGACCCCUUCGGAUGUAUUCUGGAACACGUCUGACACAGGGUGGGUCAAGUCAGCCUGGAGUAGUGUGUUUGCACCCUGGAUCAAUGGAUCGUGUGCCUUCGUGCAUCAUUUGCCACAAUUUGAACCCGCUGUCAUACUGAACACCCUGUCCAAGUAUCCAAUCACCGCUUUCUGCACAGCUCCAACUGCAUAUCGUAUGUUAGUACAACACGAUAACAACAGCUACAAAUUCAAGAGUCUGCGGCACUGCGUGACCGGAGGAGAACCUCUCAAUCCGGAAGUGAUGGAACGCUGGAAAACUAAGACAGGGCUGGAUAUCUAUGAAGCGUACGGUCAAACUGAAACGGUAACAAUAUGUGCGAAUGUCAAAGGGAUGAAAAUUAAACCAGGAUCAAUGGGCAAGGCAUGUCCACCAUAUAAUGUUCAGAUUGUAGAUGACCAGGGCAACAUCCAGCCCCCAGGAAAAGAAGGAGAUGUUGCCAUCCAAAUUCAACCCAAGAGGCCGUUUUGUUUCUUUACACAGUAUUUGGAUAACCCUGAGAAAACGGCAGCCAGCCAGCGUGGAAGCUUUUAUAUCACUGGAGACAGAGGGAUCAUGGAUGAAGAAGGCUAUUUUUGGUUUGUCGGAAGGUCAGAUGACGUCAUCAAUUCUGCUGGGUAUCGUAUUGGCCCAUUUGAAGUGGAAAGUGCCCUGAUAGAACACCCGGCAGUCGCUGAAUCAGCUGUCGUCAGCAGCCCAGACCCCGCCAGAGGAGAGGUGGUGAAAGCAUUUGUUGUGUUGUCUCCUGCUUUUCUGUCACAUGAUCCAGAGAAAUUAACCAAGGAGCUUCAGGAGCAUGUGAAAAGAAUUACUGCUCCCUACAAGUACCCAAGAAAGGUGGAGUUUGUCCAAGAGCUGCCCAAAACCGUUGCUGGGAAAAUCCAAAGGAAUAUAUUACGGAUUCAGGAAUGGAAAAAAGUCUAGCUUCAGAGGCACAUUUCAACAUGAAGAACCUCCAUUCUCUGUAAUCUUUUGGUGUCCUUGUUUGUGAUGAAAUUUUCCAGGUCCUGUGAACCCAUAAUGCAAGUCAGGCAAUCUCCUUGUUUUCCCACAGUUUUUGUAUACAGUCUUAAACUGAGGCCAACCUCCCACACUGUGACAGGCUCCUUGACAUCCUAAAACUCUCAUCAGAAUAGUCAGCAUAAAACAUGUGCUUCAAGGGCAAUGCACCAUCUUAGGGAGAGCAAGAAGCAAACGAGGAAAUAUGAGCAGGGCUCAGAAUACAUCCCAUCUUCAAAAUAAGCAUGAUGCUCACAGAUCCUGAUAGACUCCAGGACUCCAUGGCUGCCUACUGCACAGCUUACUGUUACCAGGAAUGGGCCUCCUUGCGAGUAAGUGGGGGGAAUUAGCGGCAAGAAGUAUGGCUAUGCGAGAGGGGUAACAACAGGACAUCUCCACCAGUAUUUACGGGAUCCCUCCCCCAAGGAGGCAAAUGAGACCGGUGAUCUUGAAUAAAAGAGUAUCUUUAUUGAAGGGGGAAAGCUCUCUCUCUCACACACACAAGAGAUUGUUCACAAACACACAAGAUGGCGAGGAAAAACAGUGGUGAAAGUGGAAUAGAUUUGAGGGAUUUCAGCACAAUAAUACCUAUCCAAAGAGCAGAGUAGUCCACAGAGAAAGAGCUUCAAACGUCCACCAUUCUCGGUCAGGAAAGAAAGAGUCUUAGGGAGAGUGACCCUAAGGGAGCAGCGCUUGGAUCCAGAAGGUGUGCAUGAUUUUAAUGGGGCCAGAGCCCUGGUUUUUAUAGGGCAAAACGUGUCCUGAGGCUGGGGAGCCCCCCUCAGCCAUUGGAACAAAGACCCUAGAGGUCAGUUUCUGGGAACUGCAAAGGUUUGAUUAUUUUGAUUACUUGCUGCCAUAGUGUGUGAAAGGAAAUGCAAAGUUUCUCCUGCCGCCUCACAAAGGGGCAAUUUGCUAAUUAAUCUCCCCGGAGCUGGGUUGAUGAAUUUAUAUAGGGACAGCAUCUUCCCAGGAACAAAUUAUAAACUUAUCAGUGCUGAUUGAUUGCUCCUUGAUCUUGGGGUGGGGAUUUCAUCACGGAAGGAGGGUAUUAGAAUGUGCUGAGAGGGGUAAUUCAACGAGACCCUGUCUUAUCACAGCUCACACCCAUAACUGGGAAAGCUGUAAAUACAAUCACCGCGGUCACUCUGCAUUUGCAUACAUGUCCUAUUUAUGCUCGCUCUCCCAGGCAGGACUCAGCAAUGCUCGCUGUCCAGCUGGUUGGAAUUCCCCCUGAUGCAGAUAAGGCUGCAUUAAUCCAGGGGCCUUGUGAUUUUUAUAUCACAGGCAGCUAUCAAACAGUUAUUAAAUAUGGUGGAGGCCAGGGCCAACUACUUACAUUAUCACAUAUUAUAAGCAGAAAAAUGCCAUCCAUCUGUAGUGCCAAUCGCUUCCCAUGAAAAAGCUCAGAAAGUGCUUGAAAGCUUUUUGCCAAUAAGAUGCUGUGUUUUUUAAAGCCCGUGCGAUCUGGACAAUUAGCUGAGAUCCGAUGAUACUUGAAUGGAAUUAGUUCAUGAACAGAUCUCUCCUCCACAAUUCAUUCUCUCUCACACUCUCUCUUACACACACACACACACACACACACACACAAAGCUGCUCAGUAUGUAUGGGGUGGGGGUGGGGGUGGGGUGGAGUAACUCGGUUUACGAUUACAUUGCAAGACACCUUUGUAAUCCCAGCCCCACCCGGAUGCCCACACCACUGCCACAUGACACUGCACACGGGCAGUGAACAUGCAAGCCCUGUAUGCACAUAAUUCAAAAAUAACCUGAAAUCUUCUUUCUACUCACUUGCUAAAGUGUAAAACUGGGCCAGAUCCUCAGUAUCAUACGUUUUGCCUUUUAUUCAAGUACAAUUUUAUACAUGAGUCGUGUGCAAAACUUAUCUUGUGCUAUUGACUUUGAAACUCAUUCUAGCGAUGGAUUACUCACCUGGAAAGAACUUAAUGAUCGUAUCAAAUAAAUAGUCCGAUGGUGCAAGAA